UAUUUCAGCGGGAACAAUGAACAUUUUGAAGACGUUUCAUUGUUCAAAGAACAAGACGUCAUGGAACUUACGCCCACGACGCAACCCCCUUGUGACACCACAACUCAACUCCCUUUUGAAUCAAUCUCAAACAUUCCUCAUCUUGAGGAUAUCGACGUAGACCAUGCACUGGAUUAUCCCAGUAACCCAGCUACAGUAAGGAUAGACAUUGUGUCUGAGGCCAUGCAAUCGGCGGUAGUUACGGCCGUGGCGAAGGAUGCUAAAAACCUGGCUGAGACGCAACCAAGUCAAACUUCGAAGUAUGAAGCAAAGUUACCGCCGACAUCCAUGCUUGCGGUGACCACGUCGGAAACAACCGAAAUUUACGAAGGAGAAGUCUGGACACCUACUCAACCUCCUACCUCAAUUUCAAUGGAAGACAAAGGGGCAUAUGUCCAUGAAUUGCAGACUGCAUCGUCAGUCAUAACUUUCAGUGUCACAAAGCCAAAACCCAAGACCACGUCACGCACAUUUUUAGACGAGCAACCGGAAAUGCCAGUCGUGACCACGCCCAAACUUGUCACAAACUCUGACUCGGUUCAUGAUGUGAAUUCUUCCGACUCGACGCCACCCAAUAUGGCGGAGCCCCGAUGGAACGCAAGCUCCUCAGUUUUAACCGAGAUCGUACCAGAACCAGAACCCGAAUUCAAGUCCGAAUUCACUACGCGGGUUGUGACAGUGUCAACUGAAACCAUGUCUAAAACACACACUAAAGCCACAACACACAAAAGUUCCUUCGCUAUAACUAAAUUAGAGGCUUUAACUAAACCAGAGGCCAAGCCGGAGUUGACUUCGCCUGGUGUGACUUUGCCGAGCGUAAAAGAAUCAGAUGCAGCGCCGAAGCCAACAGCGAACGAAAAGACCUUCAUUUUUGUGACUGAACUUGACGGGGAGUUCAAGCACAAACCAGAGCCAAAGCCCAAACCGGAAUCGACACCAUCGGUAGCGACGAUGUCAAACACAGCUAAACCUGAGAAAGACCCAAAACCUGAACAGAACAAAAGUUCUUUGAUUACUUCUGAACUGAAAGCAGAGAUCGAGACAGCCUCCAAGCCAGCCUCCAAGUCAGAAUUUACCUUAUUGAGUUUGAAUUCGUCAACUGUGACCACUUUAAGUAUAACCAAGCCCCAAACAAACCAAAACUUCGAACUGAACUCUUCUAGUGCAUUGAUUAUGAAAGUAGAAGAACCCAAACCUGACCCUAAGCUGGAAGUAGAAAUGACCUCAUCAUCCAUGACAUUGUCGAGCAUGGUAAAACCCGGUCUCAGUCGCAAAUCAGAGUUGAAUUUUGGUCCAACCUCCCAUAAUUUGACUAACUUAGAACAUAAGUCUGAUUUAGAAUUGGAACCAGAACCCACACCCCAGACACUGUCUUUGAAGAUUACUCCAACGCACACCCAAUAUCAAACAAAUGAAGAAAUUGCAGCCGGCCCAAGGAAUGGAAAAAACACCCUAACGACAGAACGUCCACAAAGGGAACCAUUUUCUCUGACACCUGAACCAGAACCAACAUUCAAAACCCACAAUCAACAUGACCCAGGAACGAUUAAUGGACAGCCUUUGUCUCCAGCGACUACGACACGGAAAUCGGCAAUGGUUUCAGAAGUUACAACAGGGGGAAACAGUUCAAUCAACUACCAUGCUCGUCUGUUAGAGCAGGACCUGGAACCAACAGUAGAUACAGGAACUAAUCCUCCUCCAUCGUUAACUCAGUCUACGCCAAGAGUUCAGGGUGAUUUUCAGGCCACACAUAUUGCAGAUAUGGAGGGCGCGGACAUCGGAAAUCUUUAUCCUGUCGUGUCUGGUACCCCAGCGGGAGCAUUCUCAAGGCACACCACCAUAGCCAUGACUUCACCAGAUGAGGUCACGCUGUAUCAGUCCACGAUGCGAAAGUUGGAAUCCCAGUCUAGUGCGUCACCAGAUCUCACAGUGAGUAUACCUGAAAGCAAUGCGCAGACUCAAUCAUAUACGGUGAAUCUUACAGAUAGUAUCCUGAUGAACGACCCACAGGCAACUUCCAUGGCAUCUGAAGCCGAGCCUGAACCAGAACUGACGCAGGAUAAGCCGUCCGUUAUCGACAACCUACUUGAUACAUCGUCAAAACCACAGUUGACCGUCAGUGAAGUGCUCCAGACAACACUAAAUUCUCUAUCGAACGUUGCUUUAUCUGAUUACGUGAAGCAAAGAACUCAACAAACGACAGUAACCAUCCAGUCAUUGUCCAUACCUACCACGGGAGAAGUAAUCGAUUCUGUUCUGCCCCGUGCCGAACCAGAGCCCAGUCAUGAACCCAGAGGAAAGCCUACCAUGUCAGGUCACCCAUUAACCGCAGGUGUAGAAGGCUACACGUUGGAAAGUGUGGUGCUUGGAACAGUUGCAGGGCAUAAGCCCCAGCGCUUUGAAGGCCAAUUGACUAUUUUGGCCAUUGACAGCAGAGGAGCCACCUUCUCAAGCCUACUUGAAGACAGGAGCUCUACUUUGUACAAGAAGUACAGCGAUGCAGUUUGCAGUGCGGUCGUCGAGAUUCUCAGUCAAGUGUAUGUAGACAAUCCCAGCAACUGUCGAGUAACUGGAUUUCGGUCGGGGAGUGUCGUCGCCAUGUUCGAGAUACGAAUAGAGGGCGUUCUCUCCGUGGAUGCAGAUGAAAUCCGUUCUUAUCUGGCGGCAGCUUUCACUGUCGGUGAUCGAGCGGUGGCUGGGUUACAAGUCGAUGGAACAUCUGUAACGAUUCGAAAACUCAAAGACUCGAUCAUUCAAGACAUCCACGGGACUCAGUCUCCGACCAAGACGGUUUUGGGUGUCCUCGAGGGAGUAAUUACCUCCGGGGCAGCAUUGACAACACAGAACAGCCCUCGUUCGAAUGCAGUACCGACUCUUAGCAGGACAAGAACUCCAGUCCCGGUUAGCACCAUUACCGAGUCAUCAGUUCAUCAGACACCAAGGCAAACCGAGACUAGACCUAACUACACGGUGGCCCAGCACUUUUCUGGUCGUUUCCGAAUUCUCACUAUUGACGGAGAGGAAGUGGAAUACACGUCGGAUUUGGAGAAGCCAAACACGGAGAAGUUCAAAUCAUAUGCAGGCAUGGUUUGUUCAGGGGUUCUGAAGGCCCUGUACGACACCUACCCCGACGACCUUGGGGAUUGCUUCGUGGUAUCCUUCCAACGAGGGAGCAUCAUCGCCAACUACACGGUCACAUUCAAAGGUGACAGCGUGAUCACUGCCGCCGAUAUACGGUCGAAGCUAGUAGAAGCCUUCACUAACUCGGAAAACUCCGUUCUCCUUCGACUGGGCGUGGACACGCACUCCUUCCAAGUCACAAGAACUGGAACAGAUAAACAACCUCCCAAAGAUGCAGGUGCCGUUUCUUCAAAUGGAACCGAAGACAGGGGAUAUCUAGGGGGAGGUGCAGUAGCGGCCAUCGUACUAUGCUGCUCGCUGGCGGCAAUUGUGGUGGUCGCAGGUGUCAUCUACGUGGAACUCCGUGACUACCGUAGAUACAAAGGCCUGAAAGUAGCAACGGGUCGGAGAGACGUUUACAUCGAUGAUGCCCCGGCUGGCUCGAUAGUUUAGGUGAUACCAAGAGAUAAUAGAUGUAAAAACCUUAAAUUUUCAAGGGGAAAAAAUAGGUUGAAAAGUGUUUGUCCGCCUUUUGGCUUCUUUGUCUAGAUUUUCGGCGAAAAAGAUCAUUACCUAAAUCCUUCAGCUUUUUUGGAGGAAUAAACAGCGGACACCCUCGCAGAAACCAGAUGAUAUGAAAAUUCGUAACUUAAUCAUGUCAAAUACACAGUAUUUUUCCCCAAAGGAACUUGGACAUUCUGAAAUAUAAUUACGAACUCUCUGGUACCCAAAAAAAAACAAAACAAAACAAAACAAAAAACAAAAACUGCAGUCGAUACACAUGUAUUUGGACAUUUCUUUAUAUCUGAUUUAUUUUAAUACUGGGCACUGUGAUGGGUUUUAUAUGCAUUGACUCGUCAGAUGAGGGUUUUAACUCCUGUAGUAUAUUAAGUAGCUUUAAAUUAGUUACCUUUACUGCCCACAAUUUACAGAUUUACUGAGAAGCAAAUAAAACAGUUGUUGACAAAUUCGACAGACAACAAUAAACAACUGGUUCGUUGGACAAGAUAUUAUUAUAAUAUCCCCGACGCAAAAGUAAUACGUCAAAUAAAACCUUUACUCAAGUCAUCCGCGUCAAUAUUCCUCAGUUUGACCAGAUUAUAUGUAUAAUAGAAUCAUCAUCUGAUCAUCUGACAAAGGUUGGCAGGCUGACUUUACUCACUUUAUCACGCUCAUUCGAUCAAGCAGACUCAGAGCUGCACUGUUGCUACCAGGAAAUCUAAGCUACCACGGCCUCUCUGCUACACAAACUUCCCGCAAUUGGCAUUCUUGUCAAACAGACAACCACUGAAGUUGCGUUGUCGGCCAUAAACCUUAACACUGCUUCAGUGUCGUCACAAUGUCUUGGAAAUUGGCUAUGGAAUCGUUGACUUUUGAAAAGGUGAAUUCCGGGAAAACACCAUGUCGACCAAAAAACUGAAUGAAAUUGUGUUGUCUUCUUUUUGUUUUCGUAAAUACAACACUCAUGUACGCCUGCACAAUUCAGUCAGAUAUAAAUUGAAAUGUUUCAAAAUAACGUAAAUGUGUUCCAACGAUAUCAGCAUUCUGCUACAAGUACUUAUUUAAGCUGCUAACUACAGAAUGUUUUUUAAUAUGUUUCCAUGGAGUAUUGUGUAAUCUUGGUAUUGUGUAAUCUUGUUAUGAACAACAAAACGCAUAAACUUCGCAAUUUUAAAAGAAGCUAAGAUAAACACGACUUGACUGCAUAUAAGCCCCAGCAGGACUACAAUUUAAUUAAGUGAAAUUAACUGAUAAACAGUAUGUCUCUUUUCUGUUUUGGUUUUUGAUUCAUUAUAAAAACAAGCUAUUAAUUACAAACUACCUGCAGUGUCGAUCCGGGCAGCACAAAUUGCAAUUGCAAGUUUAGGGAUGUAGCUUCACGAACGUAAAGACUGAAAUAACUUGUAUACCUGUUCGCGUUAAUUGUCCUAUUUAGAGUAAAGGGCAUGAAUAUUGCUAGUGUCCGCUUUGUUAAAAUCCCGUUUACCUAUGACGAACACCAGGACUGACAUAGCUUUAUAUAUUUUUACGUCGAGUGUCAGUUAAGUUUCAUGAACUACGAAUAAUUUCUUUCUUAAUACUCCUGAUUUGUUUUCUACUUUCUGUGUAUGUAGGCCUAUGUUGUUUGUUCUAACAAUUUUUUAUGUUGGCCCGUUGUUAUUGCCAAAAUAGUCUUUGUGUAACAGCAAAUGAAGUUAUUUAGAACAAGUAAAUUUCCCCGUCGGCCGAUUUUCA